UCACGUCACUUUUUCUCUAUUUUACUUUGAAAUUUCUUCUGCUAAAGAAAAAAAAAAGACCCAAUAACUAAAACUGCGUGGAAAGUCGCCGGGAAGUCAAGAUCCGGCCAGUGCCGGCGGAUUUGCCCGGAUAAAUGCGAGAACCCAUAAGAUGCCGUCGUUUUGAUAAUCCAGGGGAACGAGGAGGAGAGGAAGGAAAAUGAUGACAAAAACAACGACACCAACAGCAACAAAGACAAAGACAAAGACAAGAAGUAGAAUUUUUCUGUGAAGCUCAGAAAAGUGUUGCCAAAUCUUCCAUCUUUAUUUUUUCUUUUUAACUAUCUCUGCAAUGGCUGCCACAACUAAUACAACCACCACCCCGGUGGACUCAGCCUCGGCCGAUGAGUUAGCAGCUAAGGCCUUGCUCAAAAGGUACGAUGGGUUAGUCAUGGUUCGAACAAAGGCUAUCAAAGGUAAAGGAGCUUGGUACUGGGCUCAUCUCGAGCCCAUACUCGUUCACAACACCGAUAACGGACUCCCCAAAGCUGUGAAGCUCCGGUGUUCUUUAUGCGACGCCGUUUUCUCAGCUUCCAAUCCUUCGAGAACAGCUUCGGAGCAUCUAAAGCGGGGAACAUGUCCCAACUUCAACUCUCUUGCUAAACCCAUUUCAUCUGUUUCUCCAUCUCGGACGACGGUGGCAACACCAACCGCAACUAAAAGCAGUAGAAAACGAAGUGCACCUUCGGUUACUGUAACCGCCACUGGCGGUGUCCUUGUUGCAUCUGGUUCUGGUUCAGUUUCGGGUUCGGGUUGUUCUUAUCAGGUUACACCGUUGGCUAUUUUUGAUCCUUCAAGGUUAUGUGGGGAAUUAGCUUACUCUCCGUCGCCUGGGGCGGUUGUGACGCCGAGUGGUGGAAAUUUGUUACCACAACACCAGCAACAUUUGGUUUUGUCAGGAGGGAGAGAGGAUUUGGGUGCUUUGGCUAUGUUGGAAGAUAGUGUAAAGAAGCUAAAAAGUCCUAAAGCAUCAUCUGCGCCAACUUUAAGCAAGUCCCGGAUUGAGUGUGCGGUUGGUUUUCUAGCUGAUUGGAUUUAUGAGUGUUGUGGGUCGGUUUCAUUUUCGAGUCUCGAACAUCCAAAGUUCAGAGCUUUUCUUAAUCAGGUUGGCUUUCCACCGGUUUCAACAAGGGAGCUUGUUGGGAGUAGAUUGGAUGUUAAGUACGAGGAAUUGAAAGCUGAAUCCGAGGCAAGGAUUCGAGACGCCAUGUUCUUUCAGGUUGCAGCUGAUGGGUGGAAAGUAAAGAGCUUUCCCAGUGGAGAAGAUAGGUUGGUGAAUUUGACCGUGAAUUUGCCUAAUGGGACUAGUUUGUAUAGAAGAGCAGUUUUUCUCACUGGUUCAGUUCCUUCUACAUAUGCAGAGGAGGUGUUGUGGGAGACGAUAACGGGAAUUUGUGGGAAUGCCGUGCAGCAAUGUGCAGGAGUUGUUGCUGACAAGUUCAAGGCUAAAGCAUUGAGGAAUUUGGAGAAUCAGCAUCAUUGGAUGGUUAAUCUUUCUUGCCAAUUUCAGGGUUUUAAUAGUUUGAUUAAGGACUUCAGCAAGGAGCUUCCUUUGUUCAAGUCAGUGACGGAAAAUGCCCUGAAGCUCGCUAAUUUCAUAAACGACACGAGUCAAAUUCGGAGUAGUUUUCAGAAGUAUCAGCUGCAAGAGUAUGGGAGUUUCAGGUUAUUGAGAGUGCCCUUGCGUGAUCAUGAAAGCUUGAAUUUGGGACCUGCGUAUACAAUGGUUGAAGAUAUACUCAACUCCGCUCAGGCACUUCAGUUGGUUUUGCUUGAUGAAACAUAUAAGAUGUUAUCCAUGGAGGAUCCACUUGCCAUGGAAGUUGCAGAGAUGAUUCGAGACAUGGGGUUUUGGAAUGACUUAGAAGCAGUACAUUCAUUGGUUAAACUGAUCAAAGAAAUGGCUUAUGAGAUUGAGACCGAAAGACCACUAGUUGGGCAAUGCCUGCCACUUUGGGAUGAUCUUAGAACAAAGGUGAAGGAUUGGUGUUCAAAGUAUCAGAUUGCAGAAGCUCCAGUAGAGAAAGUGAUCGAAAGGCGGUUCAAGAAGAACUAUCACCCUGCUUGGGCUGCUGCGUACAUACUUGAUCCACUUUAUUUGAUUAAGGACAUGAGCGGGAAGUACCUUCCCCCAUUCAAAUGCUUGACACCUGAGCAAGAAAAGGAUGUCGAUAAGCUUAUAACCAGGCUUGUAUCCAGGGAGGAAGCUCAUAUUGUUCUUAUGGAACUUAUGAAAUGGAGAACAGAAGGGCUUGAUCCCGUAUAUGCACGAGCUGUGCAGAUGAAGGAGAGCGAUCCGAUCACGGGGAAAAUGAAAAUUGUUAAUCCGCAGAGCAGUAGGCUUGUGUGGGAAACUUAUCUUACCGAGUUCAAGUUCCUAGGAAAAGUUGCAGUUAGGCUUAUUUUUCUCCAUGCAACUUCAUGUGGAUUCAAAUGCAGUUGGUCUUUGUUGAGAUGGAUGGCUGCACAUGGACAUUCAAGGGUAAGCAUGGAAAGGGCUCAAAAGUUGAUAUUUAUCGCAGCACACAACAAGCUCGAAAGGCGCAAUUUUUCCAGCGAUGAAGAGAAGGAUGCAGAGCUGUUCGCUUUGGCACAUGGUGAGGAUGACGUGCUGAAUGAGGUUCUAGUUGAAACAUCCUCAGUUUGAUAUUUUCCUCAACUUCCCCCCCCCCCCAUUUCUUUAGAAAUUUGAAAAUUUGUAGGAUUUUUUAAAUACAUUUUACCAGUUUUACUUAUGUUAGAUGAUUUUGGGAGAGUCAGGUGGGAGGAAGAGGGAAUUCAUUGGGGUUAAACACUGUGUUCCUACCACUGCUGAGCCUCACAGUUUGAGCAUUUUCCGAUCUUUUACCGUAGGUUGAUUUUGGGGCCUUUGAAUUUGCAUCAGGGGAGUCUUCUUGUUUGUUAAGAUAGAGAAUGCUGCUUGAAUAGAAUUUCAAGAACAGGAAGAACAUUGUAAAUUUUUUUCCUCUAGCAUUUUUUAUAAGAAAUAAUAUCUAUAAAGGGGAAAGAUUUAUGAUUUCUCUUUUGCUUCAUAACA